AUGGCUGGCUGCUACGACAAGGUCCCAGACGAGUGGAUUCGCCCGACUACUUGGCCCCCGAGGAAAAGUGUGCUCGAGAGAGGCCCAGAUGCACCUCACGUCGUUCUCUCCACGAAGUUCCAAGAGCCAUGGAAGACAAUCUCGAUAGGAAUCAAGGAAAUCCUGGAAGAACUGGGCUGUACCGUGUACAAUCCCAAUACCGACAACAAGGAACUUUGGAAGGAGAAGGCCGACUCCCGCUGGCUCCGCACUUUCCAGGAGAACUUGGAUCGCAUCGAGCAGAGCAAACGGGGCUUCGUGCUCCAGAUCCAGCAGGGUGUGCUCCGGGAGAAAUCGGACAUGCAGGUCGCGGAGGAGAACAUGGGAAAGAAGUGGCAAGUCCCCCGCAUCGGUCUCUUCGCCUUUCCGACCACCAGCAUUCGAGGAGGCGGCACCCGAGCGGAGCAGUAUCUGGCCACCGCAGUGCAGAAGGCCAGGGAGCAGUGGGAGCAAGGCGUCAAGGACGAGGUGCAGAUGGUCUCAGAGUGGUACGACCCGAUCGGGGGAGACGCGGAGCUGCCCGUCAACGACCAGGGCAAUAUGGACGGCCGGGCGCGAUGCACGUUCCCGAGCGGCAAUAUGUACGAGGGAGACUGGAAGGACGGCAAGCGGAACGGCACGGGAACGCACACGUUUGCGAACGGCGGCGUCUACGUCGGGGAGUGGAAGGACGACAAGCGGAACGGCAUGGGGACGCAGACAUUUGCGAACGGCGACGUCUACGUCGGGGAGUGGAAGGACGGCAAGAAGAACGGCAAGGGAACGUACACGCACAAGAGCGGCAACGUGACGGUCAGCUUCUUCGAGGAGGGCGAAUACAAGGGCCGCUCGGUGAGGCUCAGCGCGAGCGGCGAGAAGGCCUGGCUCUGCAUGGAUGGCAAAGUCGAGCGCGAGGUCUCCGUCGCCGAGGCUCGGAAGGUGGCCAAGGAGCUCGGGCUGCCGCCCCUGCCGUGA